AUGGGUGUUCCUACAGGACCGUCAAGGAAGAAAGUAACUCUGGGCACAAUUCGUUCCAUGUACAAGAAGAAUGAACCAAUUACGGUCAUAACUGCGCAUGACUUCCCCAGCGCGCUUGCUGCCGAUACGGCUGGGAUGGAGAUUAUUCUCGUUGGCGACAGCCUCGCUAUGGUAUCGAUGGGUAUGGAAGAUACCAGUGAGGUGACCACAGAAGACAUGUUGAUGCAUUGCCGGUCUGUGGCACGUGCAACCAAGGCGGCGUUCAUAGUUGGAGACCUGCCAAUGGGCUCAUAUGAGAUCUCAUCUGAGCAGGCAUUGGCAACAGCCAUCCGUUAUGUCAAGGAGGGUCGUGUGCAUGGUAUCAAGCUCGAAGGCGGUGCUGAAAUGGCGCCAACUAUUGAAAGGAUUACCAGCGCUGGCAUUCCAGUCCUAGCACACAUAGGUCUGACUCCUCAACGCCAAAACGCCCUCGGAGGGUUCCGUGUCCAAGGAAAGACGUCAGCCGGUGCCAUCAAAGUGUUGGAGGAUGCGAAGGCUGUGCAAGAAGCUGGCGCCUUCGCCAUGGUACUCGAAGCCGUUCCCGCAGAGGUUGCCAGUCUGAUCACUAGCGAGCUUUCGGUACCAACUAUUGGUAUUGGCGCCGGUAAUGGUUGUUCAGGGCAAGUCCUUGUUCAAAUAGAUUUGGUCGGCAAUUUUCCUCCAGGACGUUUCCUUCCAAAGUUCGUCAAGCAGUAUGGCAAUGUUUGGGCCGAGAGUAUACGAGCAAUUGAGUCGUACAAGACGGAAGUGAAGGCUCGCCAAUACCCGGCGGUCGAGCACACGUAUCCUAUAUCCAAGGACGAGCUCGCAACAUUUGAAGCUGCCAUCAAGAGAUGA